GUCCACUGCCUAUCUCAGCUCCGAUGUAAUUCAGGCAGUGGGAAUGGAAGGAAACCCAAGAAAGAAAACAAAAUCAUGUGUACUUAGCUUUAUAAUUGGGAGAGGAAUAUUUUAGCAAUGAUGAUUGAUGAAGGUUAUUCAGGUAAAAAGUUAGGGAACGGAAACUCACAAACACGGACGCUUCUGCCGCUGCCUGCGUCUUCUCCCUCUCUUUCUUUGUUUCUGAUCAUCGGAUAACCCUGCAGUACAUCAGAAUUGAUUCUGAUUUUGUUUUGCUGCGUGCUCUGUCUACGAACCCCAAUUUCGUGGUUUCACUCUUUUUCUUCCUUGUCUGCUGCAAACCCUAGCUACUGUGCUAAAGGGGGACGGGAAACCCUACCCAUUUAUUGUGAAACUCCGACAUGGACGAAGUCCUAGAGAACGGGACGAACAACCAUCAGGUUGCGAAAAAGCCGAAGCUCUCUCACCAGAGUGACAAUCUCUCCGACCUAAUUCGGCGGGAAUUCGCGCACCACGACCCCCACGUAGCCCGCGUGAACAACGGCAGCUUCGGAAGCUGCCCGGCGUCGAUACUCGACGCCCAACGCCGGUGGCAGAAUGAAUUCCUCAGGCAGCCCGACCGCUUCUACUUCGGGCCCCUCCAGGAAGGAAUCCGCCGCUCCCGGGAGGCCAUAGCAGCCGUCGUUAAUGCAGCCCAUCCCGACGAGAUUUCCCUCAUUGACAACGCGACCACUGCGACUGCCAUCGUGCUCCAGCACCUAGCCUGGUCCUUCACCGAGGGGAAGUACCCGAAGGGCGACUCCGUUAUCAUGCUUCAUUACGCGUACGGUGCAGUCAAGAAGUCCAUCCAUGCCUAUUGUGCUCGGGCAGGCGCCACUGUUGUCGAGGUGCAGAUGCCGUUUCCGGUGAGCUCGGACGAAGAGAUUAUCCUUGAGUUCAGGAAGGCCUUAGAGAAGGGGAAGUCGGGCGGCCGUAAAGUUAGGUUGGCGGUCAUUGACCACAUCACCUCGAUGCCUACGGUUGUGAUUCCGGUGAAGGAAUUGACGAGGAUUUGCAGGGAAGAGGGCGUCGAUCGGGUCUUCAUCGAUGCUGCCCACGCGAUAGGAAACGUGGAGAUUGACCUUCAGUCGAUUGGGGCAGAUUUCUACACUAGCAAUCUGCACAAAUGGUUAUUCUGCCCGCCAUCGGUUGCCUUUUUGUACUGUAAAAGAACGGCAUCAGCUGAUGUCCACCACCCGGUGGUCUCCCAUGAGUAUGGAAACGGGUUGGCGAUCGAGAGUGCUUGGAUUGGCACCAGAGACUAUAGUUCGCAGCUUGUUGUUCCUUCGGUCUUUGAAUUCCUUGAGAACUUCGAAGGAGGGAUCGAUGGGAUUCGCAAACGAAACCAUGCAAAUGUUCUUGAGAUGGGGAAGAUGUUGGCGAAGGCAUGGGGGACGCAACUCGGUGCGCCUCCAGAGAUGAGCUGCAGUAUGAUAAUGGUAGGUUUGCCAUCCAGUUUGAAGAUUCAGAGUAACCAGGACGCUAUAAAAUUGAGAACCCAUUUAAGAGUGACUUUCGGUGUAGAGGUUCCAAUUCACUAUGCUUUCCCGAAAGAUUUAGAAGGCCGAGAUACAGAGAAUUGUACCAGUGGGUAUGCUAGGAUUUCGCAUCAAAUUUAUAAUACCGUUGAUGACUAUUACAAGUUGAGAGAUGCCAUUAAGAAGCUCGUUGAAGAUUCAAUAACUUGCGAGAAGCUUGCGGCUAAUUGAGGCUGAUGGUAGAAUGCAGAGAUCCAAGAGUGCCGUGACGAGGUUGGUCUGCCCCAAAGCAGAGAUGUUUGUGAACCACCAGCAUUUCUUAAUUCUGCCUCGAAGGGUCUCUCCGUAACUUGGUGGAGAAACCACCAAGAGAUCAACUGCACCGAGGUUUAGGGCUCCUACAGCAAGUAGUUUCUAUAAUGACAUAAAUUAGAACAUUUUGACAGGCAGGUGAACGCCCAGCACGCCGGGCUACUAGUAGCCUCCAUGGGCUUUAAGUAGAAUAACCAGCCUCAAAUGAAGAUGUUCUAAGGCUUAGUUUUCUGUACAAAGUGUCAAAAGCAACUCUUUCAUUCCAUAGGGCUUGUAGAACAAUCGUUCUACUCUUCACAUUUGCUGAAGAUUUUGAAGCGCAUGCAGUUAACC